AUUUCAAAAUAUUUUUUUAAAAAAUGGACUUAGAAUUUGCGAUUCCUUUGACUAAAGACGAUCUUUUGUGUCCUGCAGAAGGCUCGUAUGUUGUGCAAGAGGUCUAUUCUGUGCGUGGCUUGCCAGGGAGGAUUAGCGAUGCAGCUACUGCGCUUAACAGCGGAUCUUGCAAUAUUUUGGGACAGUUUGAUGUUUUUUUCAGCGUCGUAAAGAAUUUUGCUGAAUUGAGCAAUCAGUUGAAGUUUGAUUGCUGGAAAUGUCUAAAUAGAGCUCUGAAUAAGCAAAUGUCAGAGUUGAUCAAUAUUUUGGAGGAGAAUGAUAUGGAAUGGGACACAAAGAAGGAGCACAGAAACACACUGAAGAUGUUGUCUUAUUUGCUGACACAAUUUGCUGAAGAGUUUGAAGCAGAAGACUGCAAGCCAUCUGUGGCUGCUACUCCAGGCAGAAAAAAGGGCAAAUCAAAGAAGUCAGCUUCGGCUUUGCCAUUUGAUUGGUCAGAAGUGAAGAUGGAUUUUCUUAAUAUUACAAUGCAAUUGUUGGAAAUCAAUAUUGUCUCAUUGUGGGAACCACCGGUGGUUGAAGAGGAGUUUGUUAAUGCCUUUGCAAAUUGCUGCUACAAGUUCUUAGAGAGUCCUGUCAUAAAUCGGGAGAAGAACACUCGUGACUCCAUUCUUAAUAUCCUGGCCCUCUUAGUGAGGAAAUACAAUCAAAGUCUGAGCGUUGGAGUGAAAGUCAUCCAACUAUUGCAACAUUUUGAACACUUGAUAGCACCCAUGGCACAGCUGGUACAGAUCUGUGCUGCAGAACAUGGAAUGAGGAAUAUGGUUGUGGAUAUGUUACGAGAGAUUGGUCGAAUCGACCCAAAGGAUUUGGAAAGGGAUGCAAGUGCAACACGAUGUUAUUCAGAUUUUCUUGUGGAACUGGCCUCAAGAAUACCUGAAUAUAUUUUGCCAAAUAUUAGUUUGUUACUCUGUCAUUUAGACACCGAGCCGUACUCUAUGCGUAAUGGUGUCCUGGGAGUGAUGGGUAAGCUGGUCAUAUUGCGGUUAAGUCAAGAUGAUUUAGCCGAAAACCUAAAGAACACGAGAGAUCAAAUCUUGGAUCACCUGGAGAAUCACAUUCACGAUGUCCAUGCUUACGUUCGUAGUAAAGUUUUACAGAUAUGGCAAAAUAUCUGCCGAGAGAAGGCAAUUCCGUUGGCAAGACAGCAAAAUCUUCUAAGUCUUGUUACUGGUCGUUUGACUGAUAUUUCAAGCAAUGUUCGGAAGAAUGCUAUUAUAUUUUUGAAAGAAUAUCUUAUGAAUAAUGCUUUUGGAUCGCAGUUUCCUCUCGAGGAGGUGAAAAAGAGAUUGGAGGAAGAGAAAGAGAAGUUAAGGAAGAUGGAUCCUGGAGCAGUCGAUGAAGAUGAUCAAGCCCCGGAGGCGUCCAGACCCGCAGAGCUUACACGUUGGUUAGAACUGGAGGGCGACAUCAAGAAAGUAGUCGAGGAUCACUGGGAAGUCGAGGAUAUUGUCGAUGAAGAUGGAGAACAUGUUGAGUUCCAAGGAGAUGUCAAUGAAGCUCUUGAAUUCGCCUUGAUGAAUGUGAAAAGGCAGUUGGUCUCCGGAGAUUAUGCCAAAGCUCUGGCCAUUCUUAAAGCUGCUAUUGUUACUUGGCCAGAUUAUGAAAUGUUCAGUAAAACAACAACUGAAGAAUCGGAACACAUCCGGAACGAGGCAGAAGCAACUAGAAAUAAAGAAGACGUUGUCUACAGGGAAAUGGAACUUCUCAAGACAAUAUUUAUGAAUCCAGAGUUUGGACCAGUCAGUAAUUUGACUGAAGAAGAAGAGCAUUGUAGCAACCAGAAUGAUAAAAAUGGUAAUGCGGAUCCAGACAGUUUAGUGAAUGAAGUCUCCAAACAACAAAUCGUCAUUCAAUAUUUAAAGGAUUACCUGUCAUUUCAUACUCAAUACCAGCAAGCGCUUAUGGUCGUUUGUCGACUCCUGGGAUCUCAAGUGUCCUCAGAUGUACAUGAAUCCAUUGAAUUCGUUGUUAUUGCCUACGAAUUUGGUUUGAAGAACGCGUUGCUGGGAGUGAGGCGAAUGUUGUGUUUGGUUUGGUCGAAAGAUAACGAUAUCAAAACAAAGGUUAUCGAUGCUUAUACAAGAUUGUAUCUUAAUCCGCAAGUGCAAGGACAAAGGUCUAAAGCUGAGGCAAUCGUUAAAAACCUGUUUGCUCUUCUUCGUGAUGCUUCGAUUGGUGAUCUCACUUCACUUGAUGAACUGGUAUACAAACUGAUGAAGGAGAACUUAUUACCAAAUAAUGUUAUCCAUCUUCUGUGGGAAAAAUUUGCAAUGAAGGAUCGUCAGACAACACCAGAAGAAAGCAAAGCUGCUCUGAAAUUGUUGGGGAUGCUUGCAAGAGGCAAACACGAGAUCGUGAAGAGCAACAUAGAAGUGCUUGUUAACAUUGGGCUUGGCGAGAGAGCAAAAGAUGACGCAUUAUUAGUGCGAGACACUUGUACCAUCUUACUUAAACUGGCCAAAAGUGAGGAAAAGAUUCGCGACGACAAACAAAGUCAGCUUCGCUUUGCUUCCGACCAUGUCAUGUUCUUACGUUUGAAAGAAAUCUUCGUGAAUACCAUCACUUCUCCUGUGCAAGGAAUGUGGGUUCCGAUGGCAGAGGAGGCAAUUAAUGUGAUAUAUAACUUAGCAGAGCAUCCUGAUAGAAUAUGUUGCAACAUUGAUAAAGAGUUUAAUUGAAAAGAUUUUUCUUGCAGUAAAUAUGCUGGGAAUUAUGUCAACUUUUGUAACUUGCAUCUAGCAGAAAACGACGAACAACAAGAAGCCCCAAUGUCGUGUCCAAGCUUCGUCUUAGCUCGUCUCCUAGCAGCCGCUGGCCAUGUUGCAUUGCAGCAAGUUAUUCAUCUCGAAGCGAGAGUGUUGGGGGAGAUCAAGCGUCGUGAGAGGUUAAAAGAGGAUGAGAAGGGAAACAAAAAAAAGACGACGUCUACAAGUGUUGAACAAACCCCACGAAAUAAGGAGGCCCCGGGAGAGACACUGGAGGAUGAAAUGGGAUUGACAGGAGCAACGGCAGAGGAUGCUGAAGCUGAAUACAUUAAGAAGAUCUGUGACCAUGAAAUUGUCACUGGUGGCAAUAAUCUGUUGUCUCUACUUGGCUCAUUUAUCGUUACUGUAUGUAAUAACCCAAUCAAGUUUCCUGAUUUACAACUGCAGACAGCAGCCUCUCUCGCAUUGUCGAAAUUCAUGUUGGUGAGUGCCGAGUUUUGUGAGAACAAUCUUCAACUUUUAUUUACGAUUUUGGAAAAGAGUCGCUAUGAAGUGAUCAGGUCCAACACAAUUAUCGCUCUUGGUGAUCUUACUCCUCGUUUUCCCAAUCUCAUUGAACCUUGGACACCAAAUCUUUAUGCAAGACUUCGUGAUGAUUCGUCUCAAGUUCGGAUGAACACGAUGAAGAUAAUGACUCGUCUCAUUCUCAACGAUAUGGUCAAGGUCAAGGGUCAGAUAAGCGAAAUGGCUACUUGCUUGGAAGACGACGAUUCUAGAAUUGCGGAACUUGCAAAAUCAUUUUUUGCUGAACUGGCAAAGAAGGGUAAUGCUGUCUACAAUAUCCUUCCUGAUGUCAUCAGCCGACUUUCUGAUCCCGAAACAGGCAUUCCAGAGGCGCCAUUCAGGAAUAUCAUGAGCUACCUGUUUUCAUUCAUUCAAAAAGAUCGUCAGUGUGAAAGUCUUGUGGAGAAACUGUGCCACCGAUUUAGAGCAACGAAAACCGAUCGUCAAUGGAUCGACCUGUCCUUCUGUCUGGCUCAACUCGCCUACAACGAACGCUCUUUAAGAAAACUACAAGAAAACUUUGCAUGUUUCCAAUGCACGCUAUCAAAUGAAGAGGUUUAUUCUUUCUUCAAUAUUAUCAUUGGCAAAUGCAAGAAAAUGGCCAAACCCGAAAUGAAAGCUGUCGUGGAAGAGCUUGAGUUACGUAUCACGACGUGUCACGAGAAAGGUGCCGAAGACGAAGCGGGCUACGAACGUGCUAACCAAGCGUCGGCCGCUGCUCGGGUCCUCGUCGGAAAAACCGUCAAUACGCCUGCAAAUAAAAAGACAAGAAGCACCAAAGGUCGGACUCCGGCGUCGCGUCGUCGUCGGAAGAACGAUUCCGAAUCCGAACUACCGCCGACAGGCAGGAAGUCGACUCGCAAAACCCGGAAAAAAGUCAUCAAAUUUAGUGACAGCGAUGAUGACGAUAUAUUCGAAGAGGAUUGGGCAGAGUUUGAAAAGGAAAAUGUAGACGUUUGAAU